CUCAGUCAAUAAUUUGUUAGUACAUUAAAAAAUAAACUCUCUUUACAUUUUAACUGAACAGUAUUGUUUUGAGGUCCUGUGCUGCAAGCAACCCGUGUUGUUGUUCUUAGUUGUAAUCGCUGUUGUCAGGGUAAUGGCUGCUAAUGAGUGGUGGUGUAUUCACAGCAUGAUUUGUUCCACUUGUAUAUGCAAAAUACCAAAGUGAGGAGGUAAAUAUGUUAACUCUUCACACACAGAGAAACACAUUAUUGUUGAGUGUUUGAAACUGCAGUGUAACAUCACAUGCAAUUAAGUAAUGCAUUAAUGUCCAAUCAAGCCUAGUGCAAUCUUUGUAAUGAUUGUUAUUACAUCUAUUUUAAAAACACUUUUAAUUAAUUUGGUUUUAAUUAAUUCUUGUAUAUUUUACUUAUGUGUGCAUUAUGUCGUCAGUGCAGUCAUUUGUCAUGUGACAGAAAAAAAAGGGACAGAACAUACUGAGGACGGUGCAUGUAUCGAUUACAUCUGGUUUAUCAGUAACUUUUUAUACUCCGUAGCAAACUAACAAGAAGUGAUUGGCUGUUUGGAAGAAGGUGGGGUGGCAGUAGUGGUGUCACACGGUUUCUGAUGGUGGUUUGUGUGUGUGUGUGUGUAACCGUGUGUAUGGUUUGUUCUAAAAUGGACUCCUGACCAGUGAUAGGAAACAGUUCUCUCAACCAAUAGCUGCAGCUGCUAAAUACUACUAUAAUUGAACCAUACACAUUGCUUAUCUGUGAUAAAAGUCAUUGGAUGUUCACUGGGCUGGAUCUUAUUUUCAUCCCCUUUCUCCUCAGAGCCUGACAUAUAGGUAAGCUUCCUGCCAUGCCUUUCUGAAUAAGUUUUAAUACACCAACUUUAUCAUUUCAGUAGCAUUUGUUAUAGUUGUACACAUUUCAGUCAGGAUCAUGUUGUAUGAAUUACAGUUUGUGUAAUGUGUUGUUUCUGGAGUCACAUUUUGUUGGACGGAGAACAUGAUGCUCCUCUCUUACACUACUGUCUAAACUGAUUAUGGGAGUAAACAAAUCGAAAUGAUUUGCUUGAUUGAAUUUAAGCAAUUUACCUCGUUUGACAGGAACAUAAUGAGCUUUUCCUUGUGUGUGUGUGUGGGUGGCUUUAUUUAGUCAGUUGAUUACCCCUCUUUUUGCGUAACAGAUGACCCUGACUAUUGGCUUAUUUCACAAUCAGUGCAGACAUCAUUCACAUCUAUUUGUAUUUUGCAGCUGCUUGUUUUUUAACCAUUGAGGAUUCUUUUUUCUUUGUUGUCCCAAAAAAAUAAUCUUUUGGAUCAUUCGUGACACAAUACAUUAGCCAUCUUUUUUUUAAUACACUGUAUUCACUCUCACCUAUGUGCAUGAUUUGACCACCACAAAAAAAGAAGAAAAGAUUUUCAGUGUAAAUCCCUGCUUAACCCACUUUGUGUUUCACACCAUGAAUCCUGAAUGCUGUUGCAUACAGUACAUUACUUUUGGGUGAGGUGGGAAAAUAUCAUUGUUAAAUAGUGGAUAAGAAGCGAGAGUUAAAAUGAUUCAACAGGGAGUGGGGGAAAGGCACGAACGAGGGUAAAAGAAGUAGGGAGCUAAAAGGAUCGUGCUGAGAUGGCUGAUUGCUCUCUGGGGAGUCGGAUGGGAGGGGAAUUGAGAAGAGAACUCAGGCAGAUGGGAUAGGGUGGAUGUUUUCAGAAAUGUAGUCCCUUAUGAGUGUGGCUGCUUUGUUUCCUUUAUCAAGUUUUCGUCCGUCUAUUGCCAGGGCAAAUGGAAUUACACACACACACACACACACACACACACACACACACACACACACACACAUCGACUCACACAAAAUACACUUUAACUAAUUGGAUGAGGCUCUUGCCUGCAUUUAUUCACCUUCACUAUCAAAUCUUCAGUUAAUAUUCUGUUUUGGGUUUCAACACAACCCUAUCAGCCUGUUUCUGUUUUUCCAGAGUAGAAAUAUCCUUGUAUGCAUUUUCAGUUCAGUUUUCUACACAUGAACAACAUUCCCUUAAUAAGACUCAUUAUGCCAGAUGCUUAUUACAAAUAAGCAAAAAGCAUUGAUAGAUGAAAAAUACAAAAUAUAAUGAUAGAGGGAAUCAAGUACUGGGCAACCAGGUCCUUGCUGGAAGCCAGUAAUGCUUGCUUAUUCUGCAGAUGUUUAACUUUCAAUUCAAAUAAGCUUUAUUAACAUGGAUUUUAAUGUUACAUUAUUGAGAUGAUUUGAUAUGAAUUAUGUUUUACACAAGACAACAAAAUAGCUACAUAGAUAGAUAAUUACAAGACUACUAAUCAUACAUAUCAUCUUGAAAGAGAGCGAGAUAAAAAAAGAGAGAAAAGAGUGUUGACUUUUCUUUGAGGAACCAAAUAACUUGUCUGUCUAUAUGUGAGUGGUUUGGGAUAUUAUUCCUAUUCUAGCCAAAAGAUAAUGUGCACUGACGCAGAUUGUUAAUUUGCUUAAUAGUCUUUAUACAAGAAGAAAUAGCUGCUUUGUGUGUGUGUGUGUGUGUGUGUGUGUGUGUGUGCAGGGUGGUUCAGGCAGAUGUGUUUUAGCUAAUACAGCCUGAGAGCAGCUGAGCAGGGCAGGGCUGAUAGACUCAAUGACAUCAUCCAAAGAGGGAGAGAGAGAGAGACACACUGGGAGCAUACGAGCGAGCUUGCCUAAGGCAGUGAAAGGAAGCAGGCCAGCUCAGAUAGAGAGGAGAGCGGCAUGAGAGUGGGACAGUGUGUGUGCGUGUGUGUGAACGGGAGAGGACCAGACAGCAUUCAGUUGACUUUGACAGGGAUAUAGGACUCCGCCUGGAAGAUUUUCUCUCCAGUUUUUGCCUCCUCUUCCAUUACACCUUUCCCCCUCCCCCUUCCCCCUUUCCCCUUUCCCCCCUCAUCCUCUGGCAGUUAUCCCCCCCUCUCAGCUCCUGCUUCAGGCGGCUCCUCCGGGCAUGCUCCUUAAGCCAAAGUAUGGCCGCUUUCGCAACGAGUCUGUGACCUCCUCUGACGACCUGAUGCAGAGCUUAGCCAUGAGCGGCAAAGUUGUGGCCACACCGGUGGUCCCCUCCUCCACCCCAAGCCUUCCUCUGCCUCCCCUGCCUCCUCUGGAUCCCAGUGCCAGGUCCUCCUCCUCUGCUGGGGCUACAGCCCUGGCCGACUCCCCUUGCAUGGAUGGAGAACAGGAUGCCACCACGACCUUCUGCAUGCUCAUUCCUAAGAUGCCCCAGUGGAAGUUCUCCAACUCCCUGCUCAGCCGGAGCCCAUCCAACUCCAGCUCCAGCUCCAGCUCUAGCAAGGACUCGGGCAAGGCAGCAGCAGCUCCUUCCCACUCCUCUUCUUCAUCAUCACACAUGCCCAGUGGUGUAAUCUCAGCUAGUGGCCCAGUAGCCAGUUUAGCAGCGGUGCUUAACUCCUGUGACCCUGUGUGUGUCACCCCCUGUUCCCUACAGGCCAUUCGUGGGCAGAGAGCAGUAGCAAACUCUGCCAGUCCAGGGGGGCAUGGAUUUGGGGCCACAGAGGCAAUGGCGAGCCCUGGCGGUUCCAGCAGCUCCAGAUCAGGAAUGAACCGCAGGACAAGGGUGGAAGGCAUGUGGCUGGGGGGAGAGGACUUCAACCAGAAGGGCAGCUUCAUCCACAAACCCUCCCAAGGCUGGCUGCACCCUGACAAGAAGAUUGCAGGACCAGGGGCCUCUUAUAUUGUCAGGUACAUGGGCUGCAUUGAAGUGUUGAAGUCAAUGCGCUCCCUGGACUUCAACACGCGGACCCAGGUGACGAGGGAAGCUAUCAACAGGCUCUGUGACGCUGUGCCAGGCGGAAAGGGGGCUUGGAGGAAGAAGGCCCUGAACAAAGCUCUCCAGUCCAUCAUGGGGAAGAGUAACCUGCGCUUCGCAGGAAUGAGCAUCGCAGUCAAUAUAUCCAUAGACGGCCUCUGUCUGCUCAUCCCCACCACACGACAGGUGAUAGCGCACCAUCCCAUGCAGUCCAUCUCAUUUGCCUCAGGGGGAGAUACAGACACGCCUGAUUAUGUUGCAUAUGUGGCCAAAGACCCAGUGAAUCAGAGAGCAUGCCAUAUCCUGGAGUGUUCAGAUGGUUUAGCCCAGAGUGUCAUCAGUACUAUCGGCCAAGCCUUCGAGCUGCAAUUCAAACAGUACCUUCACAGUCCUCCUAAAACCAUGGCGUCUAUGGAGAGGUCUGUCAGGACAGAGGAGCCCAUGUGGGGGGAGGAUGAGGACUUCUCUGAGCACGAUUACUACAACAGCAUCCCAGGGAAGGAGCCUCCUGUUGGGGGAGUGGUGGACUCGCGGCUAAGGCCCAGUGGAGCCCUCCUUGGUCACAUCCACACUCAGCCGCAGAACAAGACAGCAGCGCAGAUGGGCUCACUGGUUAGAAGGGAGCAAGCAUCUUACCCUCCUGGUCAGCUCUGCUAUGAACUUCACUGGGACACAGAGACAAACAGCAACUCAGGUCUGACAUCAGAUGGUUACCUGUGUGCUGAUGGCCAGCCACCAAGAGACUAUGAGGAGCAUCAGUAUGUCAACACCCAAAGUUUGGAAAACCUGGAUUCACUGGCACAGGGGCCCGAUGGACACAGAGGGUCCAGGGCACCCGACAGUCCCAAGAAGGACCUCUUUGACAUGAGAACAAGACAGGAAAAACAUCUAAGGUCCAACUUUAUACAGAAAAAGCAUUCAUUUGCUGCUACAUGGCCCUUUGAGGAUGCCUUGAAGCUCCACGAGGCCAGUAGCGGAGCUGCAGCUGGAGGUUGCAGGGCUCAGGCUGGAGGUGGAGGUGUGCAAGUCCUGGAAGACCAGUGGCCCAGCCCUCCACGCCGCCGAGCCCCUGUGGCCCCAAAUGAGGAGCAGCUCCGCAGGGAGACCUGGUACCACAGCCGCAUGAGCCGACGAGAUGCAGAGAAACUCCUGGUCCGAGAUGGAGAUUUCCUCGUCCGGGAGAGCACGACCAACCCAGGACAGUAUGUGCUAACUGGCAUGCACUGUGGCCUGCCUAAACACCUAUUGCUAGUGGACCCCGAGGGAGUGGUCCGGACCAAAGACAUGUUAUUUGAGAGCAUAAGUCACCUUAUCUCAUAUCACCUGAAGAAUGAGCUGCCUAUUGUUGCAGCAGAGAGUGAGCUCCACCUCAAACAGGUGGUCAGGAGGAAACAGUGAGCCAUCUGGACCUGCAUGGGACGCGCUGAAUUAUUCUGUGCCCAUGGAAACCACAGAAAAAAACUGUAUUUGGAAAUCAUUCAUUCAUCAUCUAGGAUGGAUACUUGUCUGCAACAAAGGAUAUCACUGAUAUUUUCUUUUCACAGACAAGUCUACCAAGGAGAGUGAGACAUCUCCUUGUACUUUGCUGCCUUUUGGCUAGCAGGAUCAACCAAACUGUCAUAAACUCAGCAUGCAGCUAUGAAACUAACAAACCAACCGGAAUCCACAGCUUGACUUAUCCCAGAGCUGGAAAAUUGUCCACCAAAAAAGCAGAAAUUAAAGAGAGGACUGUUUUGAGAGGACCCGACUUCAAUAAAUCUCAGAGAGAUUUGAUGCACAGUGACGAAAUGUCCUACAAUGCCUGUCAUGUGCUUCCAGUCUACCCGGCUUUGCCUGACCAGUCAGUCACACAGAGCUGCUCCUGUGUCGUUCACUGAACAUAUAAUGCACAUUGCCAGAACAAAACUGUCACUGAUUAUCAGGUGCAGACACAGUAUAACAUAUAAGAGGUGUCAGGUUCCAUAUUCAGUGGUUUAUUACAGUAAAAAUGCAAGAAGUGACAUUACUGUGACAGCUGAAGAAAUGUACGUUUCAUUGGGAUGUAAAGACUGUUACAUGUUCACAGGUCUGCAGUACCUGACUCUGUGAUGGCACAAUGGAUACACACUAAGCAUGAUUCAGUGCUGGAUUUAUAAGAUGCAACCUAAACUACAAAUCCACUAUUUUUAUUUCUCCAUAAUAACCAAAGCACCAAAAUCCCACUUUUGUUAUAUGAUGCUUUAUAAAGUUGUGUUGAAAACAUAGACCUAUUAUUAAACAUAAUUACUUGCUGGGUAUAACCUUUCCCAUUCUCUACAAUGCAGUCAUACUAUAUCUACAUGUAGACAGCCAUGUGUACACACAGACUAUUGUCUUAAAAGUGGAAAUUUUCAUCACAUUUACCAAAAAAUAUCAGUGUUGUGUUUGUUAGGGGCAACAUACUGUAUGUGUUGUAUAAACCUGUGGACAUUAUUGCUCAGACUCAAAUGAAUACUACAUCAUGGGUUAAAAACAACCACUCUGCAUACAAACUCAGUAUAUCCAUGCCUGUAUUUUCCCCAGCCCAUCCAACUUCAGUGCCUUAGUAACUACAGAUACAGGCAUUUGUGUCAGAGUGUAUAUAAUGUGCAUUUAUGUAUGCUCCUAUUGCAAAAGAUGAGUUUUCUUGCAAUGCCAAUGAAUGACUGAACAAAAAAUCAGGAUGAUUAAGCUCUUAUACUUGUGAACAGUAAUGUAAGCUGCUCUUGUUUUGGGGUGAAUAAUGUUUAACACUGUCAUAUUAUGUCAUGAUUGUCAUUGUCUGUAUGAGUGUUUAGUCCCUUCACUCCAUAGAGAGCACUUCUCUGCAGUGAUUGAUUCGAAAAACCAGGGAUUUGGACAGCAAAUUAAAUCCUUUAUUUGUCCCGGCUCAGGGAAAUACAUCACUUUA